AUGUCUUCUCGGCGCUACGGCACACCCAACUCAGAAAUGCGCAACUACCGGUCUCCGAACGAUCGUCACGCAAAUACCUAUGGACUUACCCUCCACUAUGCCCCCGCCGAGACCUUGGUACAAGUGAAAUAUAUGACGCCACGAUCCUCUCGCCAGCGAACUCUCGAACCCUCGGUUGAGGAGCGUCGUCAUUACCGGGGAAGGCAUCGAAGCCACCGUCGCUCUCACCACCAAACGCCAGAAACGCACCAUCAGCGCCCUAACCCGGCCUAUCCCAACCCUUACGCACCACCUAACCCUGCUCUGCGUCCGGCGCGAGGACCUGUUCCAGCGCCUGCACCUCCAGUGAUAUCAGCUCAGGCGUAUACGUCUCAUGCAACCGCCUCUCAGAUGCAGCGACCCGUGGGAGUACGUCCCGCGCCGGCGCCUCAAACCUACUUUACGAACACCGCGCCAGUAAUUCCUCUGCCAGUUCCUACGUCUGCUCCUGCUCCGCCCCGGCACUACCCCACGAACAAUCACGGCGCCUCUCCAACGCCUCCGUACGACCCCGAACCGUACACUCGAUACUUUGAUCCUUCGGGCGCCCCCGUUCCCCGAGUUCUGCCUUCUCGAUCCACUGUCGUGUCCGCUCCUCCGACUCAAAAAGCGGAUCCGCGGCCGUGUCGUAGUCGUCGCCUGUCGAAUGCGCUCAAGUCUUUUUUUCAUAAAGGCGAUGGCUCGCGCGCUGCAGCAUCAGCUGCUCCGCAGGUCGCCUACGUACCCGUCCCUCCAGCACCGCCCGCCCAACCCGCGGCUCAUCAUGAUGCGGCCUAUCGACCCGCUGCCUCUGAUCACACCGUCGGCGCAACCCGUCGAGCUAAAGAGACGACUACAAGGCCCUCUUCCGCUUUCAACAUCUACACGCGCGAUAUGCUGCCGCAGAUUUACGGCGUUGGAAGGAACUUCGAGCGCGACCCGCACUGGCAGGGUGCCGGCAAGGAGAAGAUCAACGUGUUGAUGCCGGUUGGGCUGCUGGACUGUUGGUCUAUCUUCUUCAAUGCCCGGAAUCUCAAGGAGAUUCACUUCUGGCACAUCAAGGGAGACGAUAGCUGGCGGGAAUUUCCGACCAUUCGCGUUCGGGGGCUGAAGUCCCUUUAUAUUCAUUUGAACGAGGCUUGGCUCACAAACUUGCUGGAUGCAGUCCGUGUUCGCCACUUACGGCAUUUGGAGGUAUAUUACUCCUCAGGUGGAGGGGGUCGUUUCUCCUAUGACAAGCAGGCGUAUGUCCGCCUUGUUGGUGCUAUACGCCAUGGCGCAGCAGCAGGAUUUGUUGGCAUAAGUCCGAAUCACCCAGUGUACGGUGCCAGGAGCUCCAGUUUGGAAGCCACGUUGGAAGCGGCAGUUGAGCAGGAUGCGCCCCGCUGGACUUUUCAUAUUUGCGACGAGCGGUCAUAA